CAGGCGUCUUCAAAUCAUGGAGGCGGCCGCGGCGUUCACGCUGCUGCUCGUGCAAGAUCACUUGAAGUUCCAUGGACUUUUUGACACUCUGGCGACGUUCUCCAAGGAACUCACGGCCAAGGCAGUGUCGGUAUCGCCCGACGUGUGGUACGAAAUGGCGCACGGAAUCGGGAUCCACGGCCUUAUGCACGACUACCCACACGAAUCCACACUCACAGCGCUUGUGCAUGUUGCUGUGGUGGAAAGACAGUCACGGCUACGAGCCACGGCUCCAUCGAUCGUUCACGUCACGCCAAAGGCAUCCCGGCAUCGCCCCCCCACAUCCACAGGAGCCGGCAGGUCGACACCACUACAAAUGUCCGCGUCGUCACCAUCGCUGCGGCCAAAGUCGGCGUCAGCAGCAGUCGUGGCAACUUGUGCCUCGGCGCCCACGCUAAAAACCGCACUAACCUCGCCGUCACGUGCGGUCAUCCCAGCGACAGACCGUCCAAGCAGCUGCAGUUCCAACAACCAGCACGACGAACAGACUAAAGCACACCGCGGAGACGGCCGACUGCUCAAGUCUUCAAAGGCGCAGCAGCGCGAGACACCGGCGCGGCUGCCGCAACUCAAAGCGAUCGAGGCAGCAAUGCGGGAUUUCGCCCAGCCGUCGAACCGCAAGCCAUUGAACAACGCGAUGGCAUCAGCUCCAUCCCCGGUCGAGUCAUCGUCCUCGUCCAUGAUCGUCGAGCCUGCCGCAGCCAGGCAGUGGAUAUCGGACGACGUCCGAUUGCGCCAAGUCCGUCGUGGCUUUGCCCAUGUCCAGCAAGAGGUACAAGUACACCACAAGACCGAGAUGGUGCUCAAACACCAAGGCGUCGGGAAAGCCAUUCCACCGCGCCCGAAUGAACGCGUCGUCAUCGCAUGCAGCCUCUGUCUCCAUCCAUUUCAAAAGCACAACCUGGCACAUCAAGUGCCGUACAAAGCCGUCAUGGACCUGCGCCGCAGUUGGGACCCGCACAUGAAGGAGCUCCAUCCGACCCGGGCACGACCGCCGACGUGCUACGACUUGGUGCGCAUCUGCGCCUUCUGCGCGCAGUUCGUGCAGGAGUCUGAACGAUAUCGGCCAGUGGGUGGAGUCUCCGCGACGGACGUCCAAGCCAGUCAGACGUCUGCGACGAACCGGCGCAUGACGACCGUGGAGGAAAAUGGAAUGAAUGAUCCGUUCGCAUGCGAUCCCAUCCUCGACGGCGACGACGACGCCGACUCGGAGACCGCCAUGUUGUUGGCCAGCCGUUGUUCGAUCGGAGGCGUGAUCGGCAGGAACAUCCGCUAUCAAUUGCAGAACACGCACACGGUCCGCAACUUGUCCGAGGCGGAAUGGGACGUCAUCUCGAUCGCCAAGCACCAGCACGUGGCCGAGUUCAACGGCGAGAUGGUGCCGACUGUCCACGACAUUCGCCGAUCCCCUAUGUCCAUGAAGCGACUGCUCAUGGACGCAACGAAGCUGGCGCCACUGACAGAAUCCAGCAACCACUCCGACCGACCUUCACCCACGGCAACGGACAGAAGGCACUCGACGGAAGAGCCAGCCGCCCACUGCAACGUGUAUCGAUAGUGCCCAUGAUGUUAUGGUACAAUGACGGGGGGAUGGUUAUUAAUACGAAGGAAAUUGGAUAAGUCACACAAAACGCUGCCAACGCUACACUGAUGAAUUACUUCUUCGUCUUCUUCGGCUUGUCCGACGUUACCUUCUUGGCAUCAUACUCUGCCUUGGCCUUGGCAGCGGCCGCGACGAACUUUUGCUUCUUGUUGUCCGGGAGGGCUUUCCACCGCGCACCUAAUUCCGAGAUCACUUCCUUCGCGCCCAAGCUAGGUUGUUCCUUGAUCACGAUCGGGCGUUCUUCUGCCAUAAAGAGGAAAUAUGCAGUCAGCGGGCGCUUUUGCUUGGGCGUGCCGUCCGCGUUCUUCUUGGACAACUUUCGCUUUGGGCCCUUCUUGGCCGCGACAGCGGAUUUUUUGGUCUUCUUUGUCACCUUGGGCUCGUCGUCUUCCUCGCUCGAUUGAUCAACGCUGCGCUUCUUGUCGGUGGGGUCGAAUCGUUCGACCUUGGUCACGCUGCGGCCGCUGCGAGUGCUCAUGGCGAGUUGGAUAUUGACCCCACCUUUCUCG